UCAUGAAGUCGACUGGCGCCGCCGCUGCUGCUGCUGGUCGUCAUCGCCGCCAAAGCCGCUGCUGUAGGCACGCAGCUCUAGUUCGAGGGCAGCGAUGCGGCUCUGGAUGGCAGCAUACACACAAAUGAACGUGUCCAGAUGGAUUGAUAAGCGUACGGGGGGCCAGCGUUAAGCUUGUGUGUGAAGGUCUGCUUUGCUUACGUUUCGCUCCUUCGCCAGCUCCACCAGCCUCUCCUGCACACAUCAAUCAAUGCACAACAAAUGCGCAGAUGGACAUCACAUGCAGAGAGUGAGCAUCGAACGACAUAGGUGUACUUAUUGUGCAUGGUCGCACCUGUCUCUCCUCGAGCUUCUCGAUGCUGGCUUUGGCGCGGCGGAGCGCCUCUUUCAACCCCCUCGACUCCCUUGCACGCACAGGCACACAGACACCAUUGUGGAUCUCGUUCAUUGUCCCCACUAUUGCUGCCUGAAGACUCACGCUUCCAGUGGUGGUGCUCUUCGAGGAAACUCUCCAGCCGCCAUCUCGGCCCCUCUAUCAACUCUGCAUCUAAACCGAAACGGACAUGGAGAGAUGACGUUCAACACUCGUGCGUCCUGGCUAACGGGCUUUCUCUUGUGACUUACGGCGCGCCUCCUCUGCGAUUGCAACUUUGUGCUCCUUCAACGCGGCGUUCUUCUUAGCGGCGGACGCCGUGAGGAGGUCGACUGGCGCCGCCGCUGCUGCUGCAAGUAGUGCUGCUGGUAGCGGCGACGGCAUUCUCAUCUCAGGGGGCGGCAU